AUGGAUGAUUUCGCUCCUUCCAGCGACACCACAGAUUGGUUCGAUAGAUGUAUAGACGGAGGACGCAAGCGGUCGGAUUUAAGUGAGAAUAUCGGAACAAGAUUCUGUGAAGACGAUGAUGAAUCAAAAUCAGCAACUUAUACUAAACUACGAUCGGCAUCCAAACCUCAUUCUACACCUCUGACACUAAAGUGGUUAGAAGAAAACUACGAGAUAGCCGAAGGAGUUUGUAUACCACGAAGUACGUUGUAUUAUCACUAUCUGGAUUAUUGUGAGGCAAAUGAUACACAACCAGUAAAUGCUGCUAGCUUUGGCAAAAUCAUUCGACAACAGUUUCCACAAAUUACUACUCGAAGACUAGGAACCAGGGGACAAUCAAAGUAUCACUACUAUGGAAUAGGUGUUUGUGAAUCCUCGAAGUAUUAUGAUGUUAUAUAUUCUGCCAAAGGUGUACAAAAUUCAUCUGAAGGGAAGAAAGAAAACUCGAAACAGAUAGUUGCAUAUUCGCCAAGAUCCAAAUUAGGAACAUUGUUACCCGAGUUUCCUGAUAUCAAAGACAUCAAACUUCCACCAAAUAUUCAAGAAGACAAGGUGAUAACAUUUAUGAUGAUGUACAGAACUCAUUGCCAGAGAAUACUUGACACCGUCAUACGUGCUAAUUUUGAUGAGGUGCAAAAUUUCCUCUUACAUUUCUGGCAAGGAAUGCCACAGCAUAUCAUACCCAUCUUGGAUUCUCAGACAAUAGUUCUGUUGGUUGGUGUUUGUGACUCUAUAUUAUAUAAAGCAAUUGCAAAUGUGUUGAUGCCAACAGUUUUACAACCAUUACCAGAAAGUUUAACACAAGUUAUACGGCGCUUUGCCAAGCAGUUAGAUGAAUGGUUGAUAAUCUCACUUGACUCACUUCCUUGUGGCUUGCAGAAAAUAAAAUUCGACUUAGCAAGAAGAUUUGCCCAGGUUCUACGACGACAAACUUCAUUGAACCAUUUGUGCCAAGCAUCUCGCACUGUAGUCCAUAGUUCGGAAAUUACGUCACAGAUGCUCGACGAUUGGCUUAAUGUAGAUAGAAACAGUAUUAUAAAACAAACAUUGUAUACAAUGGACAAUUACAGUGAAAAUGAUCACCAAAUAAUAGUACAGUUGUGUUCGGAAUUUGAGAAACUGCUGGAAGACCAGGCACCACUAGAAUCGUACGUUGAAUGGUUAGAUAGUAUGGUAGAUCGUUGUGUAGUCAAGCCAAGCAUGAAGAAAUGUGGAACCUUACGGAGAAUCGCCCGACAGUUCCUGCUUAUGUGGUCUUGCUUUGGGACGAGAAUCAUUAGAGAUAUGACGCUGCACAGCUCACCGAGUUUUGGGUCCUUUCAUUUGAUGCAUCUGAUGUUUGAUGACUAUGUUUUGUAUUUGGUGGAAAGCCUGCACAGUCAGGAACGUGGAAAUGAGUUCCUAAGAAUUGUCAAAGGGGAUGAAAAGGAUGCAAGUAAGGAAGACAUAGUUUUACCAGAUUCAAGUGUUAUAAAAGAUUCGUUUACUUCUACAAGAUCAGCGUUUUCACCAACUGCAUCUUCUAAACAGAAUCAAUUGGAACGCAAUUCUGUCAUUACGAAUACUAGAAAUAUCAUAGGUUUAGGCCCAAUUUACACCACGGAUACAAUAUUGCAGGACAAAACUCUAAAUAUAUCAAGAGGUAUUUCAUCUUCAGCUGGGGAUACCUCUACAAGACCAUCUCACGACGCAUACAACUUGUCUGAACUUCAUUCGACUUCUUCAAUGCCGUCUCAUUUAGGAACAGUUUGUGCUAUUGUUCCACAUGCGUCAUCUCAACCAGACAACUCAUGUUUUAAUGUUGGAAGCCGACCACAGCAGGUGCCAACAUCAAUAUAUCACCCCUGUUCAUCAUCCUUUCCUACAAAUAUUGGGACUUCAGAUAUGAACAGACUUCCUGGUCCAAUGUGUGACUGGCCUACACAGGUAUACCCUGGAAACCAACAAGAAUUCACAGCAAUUACAAGACAACAAGACCAGAACUUUUAUGGACAGUUUGCUACAGUUCGUCCACAAGGGUUUGAUUGUGGAUCUUAUGGUUAUUAUGACUGUUCAACAAAUACUCGUGGAUUUAUUCCUGUAGCAGGAGAUAUCACAUUCCCUUGUAUAUCUGAUAAAGUUGAUCAUAUGAAUAACAACGGGAAAAGGAGAGCUGAACAGACACAUGACAAGCCAUAUAAGCGAAGUCGAACUGAGUCUUUUCCCUUGCAACCACAAAUGGACGACGGAUUCGUGUAA